AGUGAGCUGGGCUCCAGUGAGGAGGGAAGAGACAACCGAGGACAGACGGAGACAACUUUCCUCUCCACACUCCUGCAGUGUUUUCUACACGGAGUGUGCGUCUUUUUUUUUAUUUGGACGCACACGUUCCCCCUGCUCAGACUCGUAGGGAUUUGUUUGAAUCUUGGAGGAGCUCGACAACUUGAAUCAGGUCGAGCUGUGGAUGUGAAGAGCGGCUGGAGGUUUUAACACAGAGCCGGAGGAAUGUACCCGACUCGGGCAGCGGCGUGCCAGCGUCUGGGGAGAUGUCCCGGCUGCGCGCUCUGGAUCGUCCUGCUCCUCCACUGCGUCCUGGACCUGAGCGCGUCUGGGUCUGACUUUCCCCACGACCCCAGUGUGCUAGCUACCGCUUCAUGGAGCACCUCUAGUGAUGGUCCCUUCUUCAUCCGUCUGGAAGCUCCCCUGAACAACAUCACCACCUCCCUGGGCCACACGGCCGAGCUCUUCUGUCGAGUGACCGGCAACCCGCCCCCCACCGUGCGCUGGCUGAAGAACGAUGCCCCUGUCGUGCAGGAGCCCCGGCGCAUCUCCUACCGCUCCUUGCCGUACGGGUCGCGGCUCCGGAUCCGCAACCUGGACACCACGGACACGGGUUACUUCCAGUGCGUGGCCACCAACAGCCAAGGCACCGUGUCCACAACGGGGGUGCUGUUCGUCAAAUUCGAUCCACUCCCUACACCUCUGGCAGGAAGGCCAACGGAGGAUUUCGAUGAAGAGGGAUUCUGUCAGCCGUACAGAGGCAUCGCCUGCGCUCGCUUCAUCGGCAACCGCAGCAUCUUCGUGGACUCUCUGCAGAUGCAGGGCGAGAUAGAGACGCAGAUCACAGCGGCCUUCACCAUGAUCGGCACGUCCAACCAUUUGUCCGACCGCUGCUCCCAGUUCGCCAUCCCGUCCCUCUGCCACUUUGCCUUCCCGACGUGCGACCGCAGCUCGGGGACGGAGAGACCCCGGGACCUGUGCAAGGACGAGUGUGAGAUCCUGGAGAACGACCUGUGCAAGACGGAGUACAUCAUCGCCCGCUCCAACCCUCUGAUCCUGAAGAGGCUGAAGCUGCCGAACUGCGACGACCUGGCCGCCUACGACAGUCCGGAGGCCGGGAACUGCCUGAGGAUAGGCAUCCCCAUGGCCGAGCCCAUCAACAAGAAUCACAGGUGUUUUAACAGCAGCGGCGCAGACUACCGCGGGACGGUCAGCGUGACCAGGUCGGGCCGCCAGUGUCAGCCGUGGAACUCCCAGUAUCCCCACAGCCACACCUACCUGGCCCUCCGCUACGCAGAGCUGAACGGGGGACACUCGUACUGCCGCAACCCAGGGAACAAGCACGAGGCCCCCUGGUGCUUCACGCUGGACGAGGGGGUCCGCAUGGAGCUGUGUGACAUACCCAUCUGUGACCAUAAAGACAUGUCAGGCGGCGGCAACAUGGAGAUCUUGUACAUCCUGGUUCCCAGUGUGGCCAUCCCGUUAUCCAUCGCCCUGCUCUUCUUCUUCAUCUGUGUGUGCCGCAACAACCAGAAGACGGCCAGGCCUCCCGCCCCCCGCCAGCCGAAGCCGGUGCGAGGGCAGAACGUGGAGAUGUCCAUGCUCACCACCGCGUACAAGCCAAAGAGUAAAUCCAAGGAGCUUCCCCUGUCGGCCGUGCGCUUCAUGGAGGAGCUCGGCGAGUGCACCUUGGGGAAGAUCUACAAGGGUCACCUGUAUCUGCCCGGCAUGGACCAGGCCCAGCUCGUGGCCAUUAAGACCCUGAAGGAUCUGUCCAGUACGCAGCACUGGGGCGAAUUCCAGCAGGAGGCGGCGGUGCUGACCGACCUGCAGCACCCGAACGUGGUGUGCCUGCUGGGCGUGGUGACCCAGGAGCAGCCCGUCUGCAUGCUGUUCGAGUUCCUUCCCCAAGGCGACCUCCACGAGUUCCUCAUCAUGCGCUCGCCGCACUCUGACGUCGGCUGCAGCAGCGACGAGGACGGCACGGUGAAGUCCAGCCUGGAUCACGGAGACUUCCUGCACAUGUCCAUACAGGUGGCAGCUGGGAUGGAGUACCUGUCCAGUCACUUCUACAUCCACAAAGACCUCGCGGCUCGGAACGUCCUCGUGGGCGAACAGCUUCACGUCAAGAUCUCCGACCUGGGUCUGUCCAAAGAGAUCUACUCGUCCGACUACUUCUGCGUCCAGCCCAAGACGCUGCUGCCCAUCCGCUGGAUGUCCCCCGAGGCCAUCACCUACGGCAAGUACACCUCGGACUCGGACAUCUGGGCGUUCGGAGUGGUGCUGUGGGAGAUCUUCAGCUACGGCCUGCAGCCCUACUACGGCUUCUCCAACCAGGAGGUGAUGGAGAUGGUGAGGAAGAGGCAGCUGCUGCCCUGCCCGGAGGACUGUCCGCCCAGGUUCUAUGGUCUGAUGACAGAGUGUUGGCAGGAGGGACCAGGACGUAGAACGAAGUUCAAGGACAUCCACGCCCGCCUGCGAGCCUGGGAGGGGCUGUCGUCCCACGCCAGCUCCAGCACGCCCUCUGGUGGCGGGGGCAACGCCACCACCCAGACCACCUCGCUCAGCGCCAGCCCCGUCAGCAACCUCAGCAACCCCCGGUACGCCGCUGCUGCUGCCGCCGCUGCAGGGUACAUGUACCCGGCCCAGGCUAUGCCCACGCCGGCCCAGAUGGCUCAGAUUCCAGGCUGGGCUCCCAUGGCUAUGCCCACAACUCACCAGCGCUUCAUCCCCGUCAACGGAUACCCCAUCCCCACUGGAUACGCCGCUUUUCCUGCCCACUUCGCCCCCCCUGCUCCGCCCACCAGGGUCAUCCAGCACCACCUGCCACCUCCCAAAAGCCGCUCGCCCAGCAGCGCCAGCGGCUCCACCAGCACGGGCCACGUCAGCGGCGUGCACUCCACCACAGGCUCCAACCACGACGCCAACGCCCCGCUGCUCUCCCACUGCAUCAUGCCGGGCAGCGGCGGGGGGUCGGCUCAGGUGUACGGACAUCUUACCCAGAAGGGGAUGGGACACCUGGACCACGGAUCACACACGUCGGCGCUGCUCACUGCGGAUAAUGAGGUGAUGAUGUACGACACGGUCAUCACCGCAGACCUGUAGACAGACGGACACUCACACACACGUUGGGGCCUCUCACCCAGUGACCUGCUUUAAGAAUUCUCCUGUGGUCGGACUGGGAGCGAACAGAGACCGGUUCUGGAAGCAGGAAACACUGUCGCAGCCUCACGAGUAUACACACACGGCUGUUUGACUUUUAAAUGCCUUCCUGUUCAAAGCAAGUGUCCUUACCACCAUGGUUUGAAAAUGUCUUUAUUUUAACCUCUGUGUAAAUACGGUACAUAAGUCCUGAAUGAAUGAAAUACAAAGAUAUAUAUUCAAAAAUAACUUUUUUUAUUAUGGAAAACACUUUAAAGGGGAAGAAGGAGCGAGUCCCCCCCCUGUGUUCCUCUCUGUGUGGUACAACCUGACAGACACGUGUCAACAAGGUCGUGACCUCUGGGGUCAGCGCGACUCGCUCCCUUCUGGACAUUGAAAUGGAAACAAAGUGCUGUACAUGAAAGCUUGUGCAGUAAAAGAGAAGAUGCAUUCAGCAGGUGAUGGAGAAUGGAAGAAGCAGAGGAGUGGAGCUGCCCUGGAACUUCAGCCUUUUCAGACUCUUACGUGGGAACUGUCCAUCGAAGCAGCUGAAAGUGAAACACUCAUCUUCACACCCUUUCAGAAAUGACAACUGAAUGUUCAACAUGACUUUCUGAGACUUGGACACAGGCCUCUUUGCUUCUUUGUUUUCGUUUUUUUUCGAAUUUAAUAGUAAACUCUGCAUCAGCCUCCUUUCAUUCCUCUAUAUGAGGAAACUGUCUGUGCCUCCCUCCAUCAUUUGUCUGUGAUCUCAGCGUCUCAGCAUGGAUCCUCCAACCUGCCCGUGGAUACGUGAUCCAUCCCUCACAUCUACAAACAAAAUCACACUCCAAACAUUUUCUCCUAUUGUAGAUUGGAUGUGAUAUUUUAUUUGUUUCAUGAGUUUUUUCAUUGUUGUCAGUGUCUAAGUUGUGAAGGAAUUUACAGAUUUUUAUUCACAGGGCUUGUCGUCAUAUCUCUGUUUUUACUUUCCUGUGUUUUGUUUUAUCUGGAUUGUGCACAAACAAAACUCUGAGGACAUCACACAAAGGAGGGAGGAUGGAAACAAUGAGCUCUCAUAACAACUCGUGAAAACAUUAAUGAAACAGAAAUGAAAUAGUCCAACAGUCCCCUUAUGAAUACACGUAUAAAUUCACCACAUCCAGAUUUCUCAUUCAUACAAAUAUUUCCCUGAAACGCCCAUUAAUUAUUCAUAUCUCAGCUGUGUUUACAUCUUAACACAUCCAGUGUCCAGGUUUGUGUGAUCAUUUGUGGUUUUGAUGCUUUGUCUCACCCGAUCCUCUUUCUGUGAUAUGAAGAAGUGUCUUUUUGUGAAUGAUUAACUCUCUAAUGCUGUAGUCACACCAGUGACGCCUCAUCUGUCUGUUCUUAUUUCAUGAUGACUGUUGAUUUCAUCGCAGCAAACGGCUGAAUAUGCUUUUUAUUACUUAGAGGACAGAAUCUGCUGAAGCAACAAAUCAGUUUGGGAUCUCUGUAGUGAAAAGUAAAGUAUCUGUGUAGGAGACAAUCAUUGGUUUGUUGAAUGUAGAUAAAAAAGACAGUUUGUAUGAUCUGUGAUGUGAUGUCACUUCAAGUGUAUCCAUCCCUCAGCUGUACUGAUCCUCCUUGGAGGGGCCGCAGCCGACAUUGGGCGCGAGGGAUGUGGAGUCACACCCUGGAGAGUUCACCAGCUUAUCACAGGCUGAGAUCUCGUUUGCCCUGAGAUUCAAACCGAAUAUCGUCAACAGAGAAGCUGAUUGUCUGUAACUAGCAAUAUGAGAGGUUGAGACUUUUCCACCCUUUGGUAGAGAUUCAUUCAUCGUGUCAAAUCCAAGGCCCAACCGUGCCCUUGAAUUGAGUCAAGCUUCACCAAGUUGUUCACACUCAAGUUCCCUGAAUGUGCCUGAUAUUUUAUAGAGAGGAUUAUUUUAUUAUUCCCAGGGAAAACAGGGGAAAUGUCGAAAAAAAAGGCUUCAGAUCCAGAUCGGCACCAAAAUUAGAUUUCUAUCCCCAUCCUUCCACCAAGUCUGUUGAAAUCCAUUUAGUAGGUUUUGUUUAUAAUCUUGGUUUACAAAAAAAAACGGUACAAAAUAAGAACCAUGUCUCCGGACUGUGUCUUGUUCUUGUGUUUCCUCUGAAGCAGACUGAGCG